AUUUCCUUCCUGUGAUCUCCAAUGGAUUCUUCUUUGACUUCGGAGGUCUACCACCCUCUCAAUAACUAACCCCUUUCAUCAUCUUAUUUUCCUAUUCACAAUUCUUCUUCAUUAACCACCACCACCACAACCACCGCCGCCUCCGCCGUGUUUGCUUUCCCGAUCACUUCCAUAUGUAUAUUUAAUCAAACAAAACAAAACCAGGAUUUUCUGGAUGGGAUAUUUGUCUUGUAAAGCGGAAUCAGCCAUCACAGUUCAUACUCCAUCCAAGAAAUCAGAAAAACCCGGCGAUUUUCUUCAAGGAAAUGAAGAUUUGGAACAACCCAUCAACAAGAAGAUUCAACACUUUGAUUACAGCGAUUUGGAAGAAGCCACCAAUAAUUUCUCUGAAAAGAAGCUCCUUGGUCGUGGCAGCCAUGGAUUAGUCUACAAGGCACUCCUCCGCAACGGCCGUCUCGUCGCCGUCAAAAAACCCUCUCAUCACAACCACCGUCACUCCGCCAUCUCCACCUUGCCGGAGAACGAAGUCGAAAACGAAAUCGACAUCCUGUCAAAAAUCCACAGCCCUCGUCUCGUUAAUUUAGUCGGAUUCACCAACACCCCACAUCAAAAUCGGUUGCUAGUAGUGGAAUUCAUGUGCAAUGGAACACUCUACGACACCCUCCAUAUCAGUCAACAGCCGCCGAAUUGGGGGCGGAGAAUCCGGUUAGCUUUACAAACUGCGAAAGCAAUCGACACCCUUCAUUCCUCCGUUCCACCGGUGAUCCACCGUGAUAUUAAGUCAGCCAACAUUCUGAUUGACCGGAAUUUCAACGCCCGAUUAGGCGACUUCGGGUUAGCCCUUCGGUGUCAUGUGGAUGAUUACCGCCUUCUAUCUACUCCGCCGGCCGGAACCAUGGGAUACCUUGAUCCGGGUUAUGUUACACCGGAUAAUCUCAGCACUAAAACCGACGUUUUCAGUUUUGGAAUUCUAUUAUUAGAGAUAAUUAGCGGCAGAAAAGCCAUUGACGUCAGCCAUUCGCCACCGUCAAUCGUCGAUUGGGCGAUUCCAUUGAUUAGAAGAGGUAAGCUUUUGACUGUUUUUGAUCCUCGAAUUCCGCCGCCUAAAGAUCCUUCCGUAAGAAAACAAUUGGCCGUGAUUGCCGCCAAAUGUGUGAGAUCUUGUCGGGAGAGAAGACCUUCCAUGAACGAAAUCGUCGAUUCCCUAAGUUUCUUGACUAAAUUGGUUCCUCUCCGAUCAUGGAAUGGUUUAAGCAACCCCUGCAUGAUGGUCGACACUGUAAGACCAGUGGGUCACGUUUCUUCACGGCCAAAGGGCGCCGCCGCCGCCGCCGUAUGCGGUGCUGCUGACGACGGGAAGCCAUUGAGUAAUCCCAGAAGGGUUUAUUCCGAUUUAGGGUUCCGAAACAAUUUGAUGGAUCUUAUGGCUAGAAAGGUUGAGAAUGAGAAUGAUCAAGAUUUGACUACAAAACGUAAAGUUCAUCGAAGUUCUAGAUUUAAAAAUGAAGGAUCUAGUUUUAGGAGUGUUCUUGGUGGAAAUACAAUUCAACGUCAUCAUUCAGUUGGGUAGAAUUGAAGAAUUCAAGAAUUCAAGAAUCAAGAUAUCAUCUUUUUUGGUUGAUUUAGAUUUUACAUUGUGGGAUUAAUUUUGAAUGUACUUAGUUUGUUUUUCAAUCAUUUUAUUUCUCUUGUCAUUGAAUUGAUAAGAACAUCGAUAAGAAUAGAUACCACUCUUGAUCUUUUAAAACAAAGGUCGAGAAGGGUAUUGUUUCUUUUGUAUUUCUUCAUUGUGCAAAGAUAUCAAACAUGUUGUUCAUCUCC